UGUCAUUCAUCAAUGAAUACUUGCUUUGUCUUCGGCAACACGUAGGGAUAUCGGAUAUGAAUCAUGGUGUCGUACAAAGGUGGUUACGACAGGUAGUCGGUCCAUACGAUGAUCCGGAUCGCGUAUAUGCAGAUAUUGAUCGAACGUUAAUCGCAAAUUCCUCAUUAUCGCCAAAGACGGAAGUGUAUACGUAUGAUGAUGGAAGAUCACAAUUGUUAUUGGUACUAACGGGUACUGUUCCGAUGCAAUAUAGAUCGGCAACUUAUAAUAUCCCAGUCGCAUUCUGGAUACCAAGAUCGUAUCCUAAACAACAUCCUCUGGCAUACGUCACGCCAACGAAUGACAUGUUGGUCAGAAAAGGUAGGCAUGUUGAUCUUAGUGGUCGCAUUGGAGGAGAUUACCUGGAAAGAUGGCAGAGAAAGUGGGAAGGAUGUAACCUGCUGGAAUUGGUACAAGAUUGUCAAGCUAUCUUUGGUCAAGAGCCACCGGUAUAUGCAAAGCCAAAAGAUCCAAUCCCAAUUGCUCAAGCCAGAACUGGCUCAGCCUCACCAAGAGCGUCUACCAGUGCCAUAUCUCCUGGUCAGAACGUGCAACAGUCAGCAGCACCCAUUUCAGCCUCUUCAGAUCCACGCGAACGUGCUCCCCCUCCAAGACCAGGACAUGAACAAGCCUCACCAAGUAUGCUAGCUGGACCUCCGAGAAGACCACCGAAGCUACAUCAGGGUUCAGGCACAUUUGACGAUAGCAGAAGGUUUUCCAAUGGAGCAGAGUAUGCCGCAGCAACCACUUCACCGUCUUUCAAUCCACAGCAUCGUUGGACAGCAUCACCAGCAGGACAGCAUUCACCGAUGAUGAACUCAGAAUACGGCCAAAGAUACACAGCUGAGCCAGGAGCGAUGCGACCUCGAGAAUUUCAAGGUCAACCAGAGCAGAACAGUAGACAUGCUUCUUGGAGCGCUCAUAAUGGUUCAUCAAGCCAGAGUUUGCCUUACCAACAAGGUGGACCGAGCGGGCAUUCACAUCGAGCAGCGUCCUAUUCUUCCACUACAUCGUCCAACGAAACAACUCGACAAAGAGACCCAAACUCUGCUCCGCCAAUACCUCCUCUACCGUACGCUCAUCAGCAAUCGCAGCCUUAUGGUCAGCCUAAUGCCGGUCAACAAGAUCCAUACAGAAGACAAUCGUACGACCCGAGCCAACGUGGACCAAGUGUUGGAAAUGCGGCUCCAGCACUUGCACCGCCUAGACCGCCAAAUCCUGAAUUGUUAUAUAUGCACAAUUUGUUGUACAACAAGAUUCAAGCAAGGAUUCAUCAUUUGCGUACGACGAGUGAACAAUCACAAGAACAGAUGAGAUUAUUAUCGGACGAUUUAGAUCGAGGAGAGAUGGCAGUAAAGGAUGAAAUGGCAAGAUUGGAAGCAGUACGUGAUAUUUGUCGUUCGACGGGCGAUCAAUUAGAACAAACAGUAGAAGCGGCAAAACAAAGGAUAGCAGAAUUACAUGCAAGAGAAGAACCCGAUAUUGAUGGAGUAUUAUCGGCAACCAGCUUAGUGGGAAAUCAAUUGAUCGAAUUGGUAGCGGAAGAUAAUGCGAUCGAAGAUACUCUUUAUCAUUUAGGAAGAGCAUUAAAUUCGGAAGUGUUGGAUUUGGAUCGAUUCCUUAAACAGACAAGGUUCUUAGCACGUGAACAAUUUAUGCGAAGAGCAUUAGCACAAAAGAUUUCCCAAGGAAUGGGAUGGGAAUCGAUGUAGUAGUGCGGAUAAUUUGAUCCCUCAUGAACGGCAUGUAAAGGGGUUAAUCCGAUGGAAUGAAUGUUUGUUCUCGUGAUCACAAUCACAGUCACACUUAUUUAGGGUCUUGACUUCCUUUCCGGAUAUCCGCAUCAUCAUUAUUAUUUGUUUAAACUGGCUUGUGCAUUUGGCGCUUUGUGAACAAAACAAUACAAUAGUAUGACUUUGCUUUUGCUUUGCCUUGCUUCUCUCCUUUACUGGCUCAAUGCACAAGAUUAUGCAGGUUUGAGGGGUGAAGCUCCACUCGCGUUUUAUCGCCCUUUCAAAUGAACCCACCACCACGACGCCCUUGCACACACAAUUGAGUCAGUCACUCUUUUUUCGGGGCUGCUUUGAAGUUUAAGCUUUUU